AUGUGGGUGGAGAUCUUCAUCUUAAUGAGGGAGAUACUCCAAUAUCCCCUCGUGAGGCGUGAUUUUUUUAAUAAACUUACUGGUGUUAUUCGACAAACUCUCGAACAACACAAAAGGGAUAGUGAUAAGGGUAAAGAGAAAGCCACCAGAGAGUCUUCAAGAGAGAAAGCGAAACGUCCCUCAUUCAAAACUUUCAAGAGUAAUGGUGCUACAGAGUUUUCAGACAAGGCUAACUAUGCUUCUGCAAUGCUCAUUGGAGAAGCCUUAGUUUGGUGGGAAGCGACAUUUGAAGCUCUUAACGAGUAUGACCAGGAGAAUUUAUCUUGGGAGAUGUUUAAAAUCCGCUUUCUAGGAAAAUAUUGUUCUCUAGAUAUGAGGAGAAGAUUGGAGAAGGAGUUCCUCGAACUUAAGCAGGGAGGAAUGACUGUGACCGAAUAUGAAACUCAAUUCAAUCAAAGGGCACGGUUUGCUGCGAAGUAUAUCCCAACUGAAGACGAUAAAAGCCAGUUAUUCAUGGAAGGGUUACGGUAUGAAAUCCGUGAUUUUGUGAUCAACCGGGAUAUUCUAUCAUUCGAUAAAGCUGUUGAGUAUGUCCGAAAGCGCGAGCAUGACUUAGAGAUACGUGGUGCCACUCUUUCUGUCCCGAAGCAUCUACGUGUUGAUCGAACUGUUUCUGUUUCAACUAUUCCAUCGGCUCAAUCUGAUCCUAGCACAAAAGUACAAUCUCAGAGCGCCUUUCGUGGUCGCAGUCGGCCACAAUCUUUUUCUCUUCAGUCGAGAGCUCCACCACCGUGCCAGAAAUGUGGAAAGAGCCACCAGGGUCAAUGCAGGGUAGGAAAAGGACCGGUUAUUUGCUAUGCAUGCGGAGAAACAGGUCAUAUGAAGCCCGUUUGCCCGAUGAGGAAUGUUACAUGUUAUGCUUGCGGUGUUACUGGCCAUAGAAAGCGUUUUUGCCCAACUCUUACCAGCCAAAUGGUAGGAAGCCAAGCUUCCGUUCAACAACCGGUGGGUACUUCAACCCAAAAGGAGGAGGUGCCAAAGGCUAAAGGUCGUGCAUUCCAGAUUACCCCAGAGGAGGCACACGAGGACCCGAAUGUUGUGACUGAUUCUUUUGUGUCUCGUGAAUUUGCGCUAUCUUUUCAAAUUGCUUGCUAUGCACUCGCCCAACCAUUUCAUGUAGAUACCGCGGGAAGUGUAUCAUUACUUGUUGAUAAAGUCUAUAGAGAUUGUGUCAUAGAAAUUGAAGGUUAUAAUUUUCUUGCCAAUUUGAUUCCUAUCUCCCUACCCAACUUUGAUAUCAUUCUCGGCAUGGACUAG